UCUAACUUGAUUUUUAAAACUUCUGUAUAUUUUCAAUUGAGUCCAUCUCUCAGUAGAAGAAGCGCGUGUACAGCGUGAUUGUAACAGCGGUAAAACCUCCCAACGGCGCACGUGUUUUGAAACCCAAAGGUCAUUCCACGAAAAAAACCGUAAAGGGCCGAAGAUAGAAAAAGUUCGAAAUUAAUUCCGAAUUGUUUGCCGGUGAUUCUGUCUGCGCGUUCCCCUCCGGCCGUCAGACUCCCGGGACAAUUUCGAAGGUCGGGCCGCGGGGAAAUUCGUCCGUGCUGGCAGCCCUGCUCGGCAAACGUUUACGAGGUUCUCCUUUCAGCUGAGGAUUUAUUUUUAAUUCUGUAUCCAGACCGAGUGGACCGACCGAGUCGAACUCGACACCACAGAAAACGAGUCGGACUCCUUCCAUUAUUCGACCCGAGGCUCGUUGACGAUUUUACCGGAUUUUCCACCGCGGCAGAUCGUUUCCCGACGUUUUCCCUUCACAGACGAGUUUCUCCGUCCUUCUCGUUUAAAAACAGAUGGGAUAGGUUUCGGGUCUUAUCUGUGCCCGAGUCGAUUCGAUUUGUUUCCGCACUAUCCACAGUUUUGAAUACUCUUUGGACAGUUUAGUAACCGGCCCGAGCCAUGAAGUACGCCUGUAAAUGCCUCAACAUCGAAAUAACAUCUUUGAACAACGGCAUGGGAACGAUUGAUCCUUCUGUAAGGAAACUCUUCGAAGACGGCAGGAUCUUCGAGGAGGAUUUGGUAACGAUUGAAGUGAUCCACGUCGUAUUGAAACUUCGAACAUUGGUGGAAGAAAGCAUAACAAGUAUUUGGCAAAUGUAUCGGUGUAUUAACUGUGGCAUGUGGGCUUAUGCUUGUACAAAGCAAAUUGGACCUAACAACGCAUUAAUCAAUAAGCAACUGCUGAGUGAUAGCAGUGUAAUGGAGAAACUUCGCCAGAGUGAUAAAUACUCGCCCGUGUUCAAAAUUAUCAUCAACAACAGUGUACCGAAGGAACCUAUUGACACAGAAAGUCAAGAUUAUUUGCAUCCAAUCGCUAUUAACUGGAUCAAAGAACAGUCACUUCAAACUGAAGAGAGGAUUAAAGAAUUCUGUGAUAGAGAAUAUUCAAAUUUGGAAAAAUUAAAAUUGAGAGUGCACAAAGAUCAGUUAGCUAUAAAUAGGCUACUUUCAGAAGUCAAUGCUAAUAAAACUUCCAAAGUGAAAGGAAACUCUGAAACUACCAGGGAAAUUUCUAGAUCUACAUCAGUUAAGAGUAUGCGUAAUACAAAACGCAGUUCUAGUCAUUAUGACAGUGAAAGGAUUUUUGAUUUGGAGGAGUUUGAUUCUUACGGUAAAGACACAACUGAUGAUUCUAAUUCAGAAGGUUCAGACGUAGAAGAAAAUGUAGAAGACACAAGCUCCAAUAGAAGGUAUACCAAUCCGAGUAUAAUCGCUAGGUCACUUCCAAUUCCUGUACCAAAGUUUAUGGAAGAUAGAAAGGGUGAUAAGAACAGAUCGCCUCACGGUCCUGCAGAGAGUUCAGCUCUGGCACCAAGUGACAUUGCUGCCAGUAUAAAAGCCUUGGCGAAAAGUAUUCACGGAGAUGCAAUUUUCGGUGAAUUGCCGAGGCCUCGAUUUUCAACAAAUCUCUGACUUACUGCUCACCGUGAAUCCUCCCAAAGAGCAAGCUUUUAUAUUAAUAACAGCAUGUGUUGUUAUUGAAAAACUUGAUAUGUACUGAGUUUUUGUAAAUUUAAAAUCUAUUUUUGUGCCAAGUAUUCUGGAAAUAGUUUUUAGAAGUUUUAGAAUUCGUCUUGGAUGCAUGAAUCCCCUCCUGAGGUUGGUAGGUAUUAACUGUAACAUUUACAUGUAUAAUCUUAUUAUUGUCAAAAGAUUCUAUGAUCGCUACAAUCGAAAGACAU